AUUCGCAUCUCACAAAUAAAAUACCAGGAGGUAAAGGUAACGAAUCCUGGAAAUCACUUAACACAUUAUUUGAUGAUAUUAAACAUAAACGUGCUGUUAAAUCAAAAAUAAAUUUAACAGAAAAUGAUGCUUCAAACAUAAAGUCGAGUGACAUCAGAGUAUACGUAAUUUAGGAAGGCAAAAUUUGGAAUUAACCUUUACUUUGGAAAACAUCAUGGACAAUGAUACAUGUAGCAAGGUCAGAAAUGCUGAUGGAGUGAUAGAUAAUGGUGGGAUGAAAAAUGGUAAUUGUGUGAUAAAUAAAAAGAAAAUUAUGCUAAAUAAGUCUGAUAGUCUGAUGAAUAAUGACAUUACUAGGGGUAAUAUCAUUACAAGUGGUUUUCAGAGACUAGAAAAUGGCAAUGGAGGAAAACAUAUUCGUAGUUUAUGCUGUAAAUCGUUCAAAUGGAAGGCUGCACUUGUGCAACAUUACAAAAUUCAUACUGGAGAAAAGAACUUCAAAUGUGAUGUUUGUUCUAAAACAUUUACACAAAAGGCUCAUUUAAACAUACAUUAUAAAACUCAUACUGGAGAAAAGAACUCCAAAUGUGAUGUUUGUUCUAAAACAUUUGAACGAAAAUCUAGUCUGAAGUUACAUUACAGAACUCAUACUGGAGAAAAGAACUUCAAAUGUAAUGCUUGUUCUAAAACAUUUGCACUAAAGUCUAAUCUUACCAAGCAUUAUAUAAUCCAUACUGGGGAAAAGAACAUCAAAUGUAAUGUUUGUUCUAAAACAUUUACACGAAAGUCUAAUCUUACCAGACAUUAUAUAAUUCAUACUGGAGAAAUGAACUUCGAAUGUGAUGUUUGUUCUAAAACAUUUGCACGGAAGUCCUAUCUUGAGUUACAUUACAAAACUCAUACUGGGGGAAAUAACUUCAAAUGUAAUGUUUGUUCAAAACAUUUGCACGAAAGUCUGAUCUAAAUAGACAUUAUACAACUCAUACUGGAGAAAUAACUUCAAAUGUGAUGUUUGUUCGAAAACAUUUUCACAAAAGUAUGAUCUAAGCAGACAUUAUAGAAUUCAUACCGGAGAAAAGAUAUUCAAAUGUGAUGUUUGUUUCAAAACAUUUGCACUUAAGUCUAGUCGUGACAGGCAUUAUAUAAUUCAUACAGGAGAAAAGAACUUCAAAUGUUGUGUUUGUUCUAAAACAAUUAUGCUUAAGUCUAUUCUUGACACCCAUUAUAGAACUCAUACUGGAGAAAAGAACUUCAAAUGUAAUGUUUGUUCAAAAACAUUUACACGAAAGUGUCAUUUUAACAGACAUAAUAGGAUUCAUACUGGAGAAAAGAACUACAAAUGUGACGUUUGUUCUAAAUCAUUUGCACAAAAGUCUAAUCUCAAUAGUCAUUAUGAAUUCCAUACCAAAGAAAAAAUUAAAUGUUUCAUUAAUAUAUAAAUUACUCAUAGCUGCAGUAGAAGGUAGCUAGGCAUGAUGUAGCAUAUUCGAAUUCCAAUCAAUCAUAAUCGUACAAUACAAUAUCGUGGCCAUGAGAUAACUGUCAUUAUUUGUUCUUUACUUCCAGUUCUUUUUAAAAUGGUUGCCAUAUUCUUUUCUUUUUUAGUCAAAUUGAUUUAGUGUCCAGUAACGUCCAGUAACGUCCUCAUAGUCUUAAUUUACUUAUACGA